GAUGACGCAAAGCGUGCAAGUUACAUUUACGUCACGACGUCCUUCCGCCUUCCUUUCCUCCUUAAUCGGCGAGAAUGAAGACCAUUCUCAGUAACCAGACAGUGGACAUCCCCAGCAACGUGGAGGUGACCCUCAAGGGCCGCACGGUUGUUGUGAAGGGGCCCCGUGGAGUACUUCGCCGGGAGUUCAGCCACAUUAACCUGGAGCUCAGUCUGUUGGGCAAGAAACAGAAGAAGCUGCGUGUGGAUAAGUGGUGGGGAAACCGGAAGGAGCUGGCCACCGUCCGCACCAUCUGCAGUCAUGUCCAGAACAUGAUCAAGGGCGUCACACUGGGCUUCAGAUACAAGAUGCGAUCUGUAUAUGCCCAUUUCCCCAUUAACGUGGCGAUGCAGGAGAACGGCACUCUGGUGGAGAUCAGAAACUUCUUGGGAGAGAAGUACAUCCGGCGUGUCCGCAUGAGGCCAGGUGUGUCCUGUGCGGUGUCUGCCGCUCAGAAAGACGAGCUGGUUCUGGAGGGUAAUGACAUUGAGCUGGUGUCAAACUCAGCUGCCCUCAUCCAGCAGGCAACCACAGUGAAAAAUAAGGAUAUCAGAAAGUUCCUGGAUGGUAUUUACGUCUCUGAGAAAGGCACUGUAGUGGAGGCGGAGUCGUAGAGAACACGAGAGGGUGAGAAAGAAGGACAUCCUGGAAGUUUCUGGAUGGGGUUUCUGUCACAGUGGUGGAACACCAAGAGGACUAAAUUAGUCUCUGUAAAAUCUGUCAAUAAAGACCAGCUCCAUUUUUCAAACACA